GUUUUGAUCUAAUCAGAUACUCAUCUCCUGGCUGCUAGACAGAUGGCUUCAUCGGUGCUCUCUUUGGCUUCCGCAGGUCCCUCUGCUUCACUUUCUUCUAAUGGAAUUGAAAAGGGAAAAUUGAAUCUUGGAAACUGUUUCAAAAAGGAGAAAACAAAUCUCUUCUUGAAAACAAAGUCUGUUGGUCGAAUAUCAAUGGUUGUAGCUUCCGACGUGUCUCGUUUUGAAGGUAUAACAAUGGCUCCCCCUGAUCCAAUUCUUGGGGUUUCUGAAGCUUUCAAAGCAGACAACCACGAGUUGAAGCUCAACCUUGGAGUCGGGGCCUAUCGAACCGAAGAACUGCAGCCCUAUGUUCUUGAUGUGGUUAAAAAGGCUGAUAAACUUCUACUGGAGAAGGGGGAAAACCGAGAGUAUCUCCCAAUUGAAGGCUUGGCUGCUUUCAAUAAGGUGACAGCAGAGCUGUUGUUUGGAGCAGACAACCCAGUUAUAAAACAACAAAGAGUUGCAACAGUUCAAGGGCUUUCAGGGACUGGUUCACUUCGAUUGGCUGCUGCGCUUAUAGAACGAUAUUUUCCGGGGGCAAAAGUUCUAAUAUCAUCUCCCACAUGGGGUAAUCACAAGAACAUUUUCAAUGAUGCUAGGGUCCCAUGGUCAGAAUACCGAUACUACGACCCAAAAACAGUUGGCUUGGAUUUUGAAGGGAUGAUAGCAGACAUCAAGGAAGCUCCUGAGGGAUCUUUUAUUCUUCUUCAUGGAUGUGCUCACAACCCAACCGGUAUUGAUCCGACCCCUGAACAGUGGGAAACAAUUGCAGAUGUCAUCCAAGAGAAGAACCAUAUUCCAUUUUUCGAUAUUGCAUACCAGGGAUUUGCAAGUGGAAGCCUUGAUACUGAUGCAGCAUCUGUGAGGAUGUUUGUGGCCCGUGGUAUGGAGGUCAUUGCUGCUCAGUCAUACAGUAAAAAUCUUGGCCUUUAUGCGGAAAGGAUUGGAGCAAUUAAUGUCGUUUGCUCAUCAUCAGAUGAUGCUGCAAGGGUUAAGAGCCAACUGAAAAGAAUUGCUCGACCAAUGUACUCAAAUCCUCCUGUUCAUGGAGCUAGGAUUGUUGCCAGUGUUGUUGGGGAUGCAGCUCUCUUCAAGGAGUGGAAUGCAGAGAUGGAAAUGAUGGCAGGGAGAAUUAUGAAUGUGAGGCAGAAACUAUUUGACAGUCUUUCUUCCAAAGAUAAAAGUGGGAAGGAUUGGUCAUUCGUUCUUAGGCAGAUUGGAAUGUUUUCAUUCACUGGCUUAAACAAAGCUCAGUGUGAUAACAUGACCAACAAGUGGCACGUAUAUAUGACCAAGGACGGAAGGAUAUCCCUUGCAGGAUUAUCGUUGGCCAAGUGUGAAUACCUUGCAGAUGCCAUCAUUGAUUCUUAUCACAAUGUCAGUUAAAAUAAAGGAAAACUUGAUUUGAACAAGAACCAUGAGUAAGUGAGGUGAUUUUAUGAAAAGGAUUUUGUAAUAAUGUGUGCUGAUCGGGCUUAAACACUCAUUUUUUUCAAGUUUUGAUAGGGGCAAUUUUGCAACCUCUA